AUGAUUGACGAGCGAAAAGAAGAAAAACAAAAGCAAUUGGCACAGACAGCAGUUGGCCUUCCAAAAAUGAAGGACGACAAACACGACUCAGGAAUGGCGGAUGGUGGUGGCUACAUGACAUUGGACAAAUUAGAUCAAAAUAUAUUUGUCCAGCAUCUUCCAAAAUUAACGCCAAAACUGGGUCCGCCAAAAAUGGUUGAUGAGGCACCUGGACAGAAAGGAAUUGCUGAAGGGGCUGAAUACCAAACUCUUGGGAAGCUGGACAUGAAUAGUAUAUUCGGGACUGCCAAGGGGUCAACGAAGAAAGAGAAGAACAAAAAGAAGUCAAAGGAUACCAACCAAACACAGGACACAGCCGAACAAACAGAUGAAACCGAACAUACAGAUGCAUCGACCGUUGAAGUAACAAAAAGUGAAGAGAGGAGUUUGGCUGAGAGCAAGAAGAAGAACAUUUCAACGAAGAAAAAUAUUUCCAAAAAGCUUCAGAAAAGUAAAAUUAGUUCUACUCACAAAAAGGAUAAAAAUGACACAAAGAAGGAGAAGAAGCCUCACCAUCAUCAUAAGAAGGGAAGCAGCAAUGAAAAGACAAAGUCUCAGCCAUCUCUAAAAGAAGAGAUCAAAAAGGAGGAAAGUAGUAUGGGUGAUACAGCUGGUUAUGAGACGCUGAGCAGUCUUGACCGUGCCAUAUUUACACAAAAUAGCUCCGCGACAAAAUCUGUUGGCGGCGAAGAUGAUGAGUGA